UGUAUGUGUGUGUGUGUGUAUGUGUGUGUGUGUGUGUGUGUGUGUCUGUGUCUGUGUGUGUUUGAAAUCUAUUAUUCUCACGAUGGCCUGUGGCCAAUACGAGAAAAGGAAUUGCAGCCACGGGGAUUGGCCGUUGGGGAGGCCAAAGCUACUGCAGUUGCAAGCUCAUCUGAAUCCGCCUCGGGUGGGACACCAAGUCAGAAUUCAAAGAAGAAGUCAAAGAAAAAGGCUAAAGCUACAGCAGCUGCAAACACAACUCAAUCAUCCGUUGAUAGAGGAUAUCAUGUCCUACCUGCCAUGCCAACACCAACACAGAUUGCAAACAUCAAGAAGCGCAGAAAGUGGAUCAAGUUAGAAGUACAGCAGCAUGGAGAACAUGCCAGGCUUGCCACGUACAGUGACAAACUGGUUGCUGUGUGGUAUGAUGGUGUGGACGUCACCAAGAUGAUGGAGACAUCAGACUUGCAGACAUGGCACAGUAUUGACCUACCAAGUGAAUACAGUGAGCUGUCUGCCCCAUCACUGGCAUCCCAUGGUGGUAUGCUGUACAUGCACUGUCAGACACUCCCCAAGAGCACCAACACAUGGGUGAACUCUAUUCUGCAGUACUGUGACACACCAGAUAACGGUGAUGGCAGCCGGGGUGGUGGUCAGUGGAGCAAACUUACGAACGUCCCGUCGCACUGUAUCCAUGCCUGGUGUACUCUACAUGUAGGUGCUGAUGCUAUUUCUCUACAUGGUGGCAGGCGUUAUGGAACAGAUCACAAUCAUGUUAGUACCUAUUCUCUAGCUAGCAAGCAGUGGAGCUCUUCUUCAUCAUCCAAUACUAGCCUAGUAUUACCUUCAUUGCCACUACCAUGCAGCGAAGCAUCACUUGUCCCAUUCCCUGAUUCACUGUACUUAGUUGGUGGUAUUACUGGUUGUUUUUUCAAACACCAUGAUGGUAGGUGGGUGUCCACCACUCCACCUGAUGGUGUUGAGCUGAAGUUCAGUGCAGCAUGCGCACUGUCUGACCAUUGCAUGGUUAUUUGCCCAAGCACUGCCUCUGCUGGGUGUGUUGUAUAUGAUAUUUCAUCUGGACAGGUCUAUCCACUACCAGCUAUGCCAGAGCACAGAUAUUUAACUCAUUACACCCCAUCACUCACACUGUUUGGCAGUACCCUGGUACUCAGUGUAGGUGGACCUGACAGUCCUGGUUCUCUGUACACACUGGAUAUGAGUGUGUGAGUGUAGUAGGUUACUAACUACAGUCAAUCACUGAUGAUAACUACAGUAUGUAAACUGUACUGCUUUUCACUUUCUUUCUAUUAUCAGAAAGUUGAUAAUCUUUGUUUCUCUCUGUCAAACUAUUUUUUUCAACCAAAAUCACUAUCUAGCCUAUCUAACCACUGUCUCUGCUCCACCUUGCCCCUGGUACUGUCCCCUGGUACUGUCCCCCUGGUACUGUCCCCUGGUACUGUCCCCCUGGUACUGUCCCCCGGUACUUAUUUUUCUCACCCCACACCCUCUACUCUGUUAUCAGCCCUCAUAAGAGUUGUGUUCAUCACUGUUGAGGCUUCCGAUGGAAAAUAAAAGAAUACUACUACUGCUACUA